AUGUAUGUUGAGAAGGAUGCCAUUGGUGGUGGUAGUAGUGGUGGUGGUGGCGGUGGCGGUGGCGGUGGCGGCAGUGAUAGUGGCAGUAGUGAUGGUGGUGGUGGUGGUAGUGGUAGUGGUGGUAGUAGUGGUGGCAGUGGUGGUCUUGGUAGUAGUGGUGGUUGUGGUAGUGGUCGUGGUGGUGGUGGUUCUGGUAGUGGUGGUGGUGGUAGUAGCGGUGGUGGUGGCGGUGGUAGUGGUAGUAGUGGUAAUAGUAGUGGUAGUGGUAGUAGUGGUGGUGGUAGUGGUAGUAAUGGUAAUGGUGGCGGCGGCGGCGGUUAUGAACACAUUUUUUUCCUGCAAAGUGCGUAG